UAAAACCCCUUUCCACUGGUCUUCCUACUGUUUCCGUGCUUCUCCGCUUGUUAGCUCUGAUUGUGCUGAAAUGGAGCGGUUCGAAAUGGGCAGAAGGGUGUCGGGUCGGGUUAACACGAUAUCCAUCGUCUCUCUUCUGUUCUUCCUCGUAUCGUCUGCGCAAUCCUUCUACCUCCCCGGUGUUGCUCCUCGAGAUUUUCAAACUGGUAAUCCACUAGCUGUUAAAGUGAACAAGCUUUCUUCCACAAAGACUCAGCUUCCGUAUGACUAUUAUUUCCUGAAGUAUUGCAAGCCUACCAAAAUUAUGAAUAAUGCAGAAAAUUUGGGGGAGGUUCUUCGAGGUGAUCGGAUAGAGAACUCAGUUUAUACUUUCAAUAUGAGGCAAGAGUUGCCUUGCAAGGUGGCUUGUCGAGUAAAACUUGAUGCUGAAGCUGCAAAGAACUUCAAAGAAAAAAUUGAUGAUGAAUAUAGGGUUAACAUGAUUUUGGAUAACCUUCCAGUUGCUGUAAUUAGACAAAAGCGGGAUGGAACUCAGUCAACCAUACAUGAACAUGGUUUUCGUGUUGGGUUCAAGGGGAACUAUGCAGGGAGUAAAGAGGAGAAAUAUUUCAUCAAUAACCACUUAAGCUUUAGAGUCAUGUAUCACAAGGAUACUGAAACUGACACCGCUCGAAUAGUGGGAUUUGAAGUUACACCAAACAGCAUUAAUCACGAGUACAAGGAUUGGAAUGAGAAGAACCCCCAGGUGACAACAUGCAACCAGAAUACCAAAAAUAUUUUGCAGGGUACUACAGUUCCCCAAGAAGUAGACACAAAUAAGGAGGUUGUUUUCACUUAUGAUGUGUCUUUCAAGGAAAGUGAGAUUAAAUGGGCUUCUCGUUGGGAUACUUACCUUCUUAUGAAUGAUGAUCAAAUUCACUGGUUUUCCAUUAUUAAUUCCCUAAUGAUUGUCCUCUUCCUUUCUGGUAUGGUUGCCAUGAUUAUGCUGAGAACCCUCUACAAAGAUAUUGCAAACUAUAAUCAGUUGGAAACCCAAGAUGAGGCACAGGAGGAAACAGGAUGGAAGCUUGUUCAUGGAGAUGUGUUCAGGCCUCCUAUGAAUCCUGGAUUACUAUGUGUUUAUGUUGGAACCGGUGUUCAAAUAUUUGCAAUGACCCUUGUGACAAUGAUCUUCGCAUUGUUGGGUUUCCUUUCACCUUCCAACCGAGGUGGGCUUAUGACAGCCAUGGUUCUAUUAUGGGUCUUCAUGGGCAUAUUUGCAGGCUAUUCCUCAUCACGUCUAUACAAAAUGUUUAGGGGUACAGAGUGGAAGAGGAUUACCUUGAAAACUGCUUUCAUGUUCCCUGGAAUUCUUUUUGCAGUAUUCUUUGUACUUAAUGCUCUGAUCUGGGGGGAGCAAUCUUCUGGAGCUGUUCCAUUUGGAACCAUGUUUGCGCUUGUUUGCUUAUGGUUUGGGAUUUCAGUGCCAUUAGUGUUUGUGGGUAGCUAUUUGGGUUUCAAAAAACCAGCCAUUGAAGAUCCAGUAAAGACAAACAAGAUACCAAGGCAAAUACCCGAGCAAACAUGGUACAUGAAGCCGGCCUUUUCAAUACUUAUUGGUGGCAUCCUUCCUUUUGGAGCUGUUUUCAUUGAGCUGUUCUUCAUCUUGACUUCCAUAUGGCUUAACCAAUUCUACUACAUAUUCGGCUUCCUUUUCAUAGUCUUCCUCAUCCUACUGAUCACAUGCGCAGAGAUAUCCGUGGUGCUCUGCUACUUCCAAUUGUGCAGCGAGGACUACAAUUGGUGGUGGAGGGCCUAUCUCACCGCCGGUUCUUCAGCUCUCUACCUUUUCCUCUACUCCAUUUUCUACUUCUUCACCAAACUGGAAAUCACUAAGCUUGUCUCUGGCAUUUUAUAUUUCGGUUAUAUGUUGAUUGCAUCAUAUGCCUUCUUUGCAUUAACCGGAACAAUUGGCUUCUACACUUGCUUAUGGUUUGUCAGGAAAAUCUACAGCUCCGUGAAGAUCGACUGAUGCCUGAUGGUGAGAAAAAAGCUCAACGGCUUGUUACUAUUGCAGUGAUUAGUGAUGAAGCUGAGAAUUAGAGAAAGUUUAGCUGUCUUUCAUUUCAAGUUGUAGUGUAUAGGUUCAUAUUGCAUGAGUGUUGUCUCUUCUAUCACAGUGAUAGUGUAAUAGCUCAAGGCGAUAUACAGAUAUUUUUAUGGAUGAUUUUACUGUGCUGUAAUGUAGUAUAACGCAGGUCUCAUUUCAUUUCAA